AUGGCUGACGGCAGCUUCAAAAACAAGGUUACGGGUCUGAAGGAUCUUCCAGGUUCAGAUAUCGAAGCCUUUGAACAAUCCACAAAACCAAUCAGCGAACCCAGUACGCCUUUCGAUGAUGGCAAAGAACCUUCGGACUGGCUGAUAGAUUUCGAUAACCCAAUCAUCCUUACACCUACCCUACAAGCCGGCAGACAAUGGAAAACACAUAUCGAGGGAGCAUCAACAGUUCAAGCGCCGAUGUUUCCGUAUUUCGUGGAGCACCCAGAGGCUGCUCUUCGAUGUCGCGAAGGCGAUCUGGUGGAGCUUGAACGUGCUAUUGCCACUCGAAUCGAAGAAGUUGAAGCUAGAGAAUUUGCCAUGGUUGCUCGUGAAAAUAUUUUACAAUUAAGCUGGGCCGAACUUUACUCCACGCUCGAACGUCAAAAAGCCGAUCUUACUGCAAGAGAGUCUGCUGUGGACGAGAGAAAAUCUAAGGUCGAAGUCCGUGAAACCAUUGUGGCCGAUCUUGAGAAGAAGGUGAAGAUUGAUGCUGCGAAUCUGAACGAACGAACUCACGCUUUCGAAUUACUGGAGGAAUCCACAGAAUCAGCUGCUAUAAACACCAAGGAAAUAUUGAAGGAGCGCCAAGAUCGUCUUGAUGAACGAAAGCAGCUGGCCGUGCUUGAUAGGAUUAGAGUGAAGAGACAUGUCAUGAAUGUUGCGAGUCGUGAAUAUGAGGUUCGAAAGGCAGAAGAUUCUCUCAGAAGGUCCGAAGAUGUUAUCAAACUCGAUGCGGCUGCUGUCGAAUCCAGGAAAAUCGCCGUGAAGGCCGAUGAAGCUACUUUAUUGGCUAAGCAAGAAGCAUCCAAAGGAACAUUCAAAGCUCUCAAAUAUACUCAUAAUGCAGCCGUCAGGAAGGAGAAAGAAUCCAACGAGCGUUUUGUAAAACAUCUCCGGGAACAAGAAGAAUUGACAAACACAGCGGUGGUUAAUCGUGAGUUGGACGUCCUGGAGCGUGAACAAUGUUUUGAGGCACUGGAGACAACUUUGAAGUUGGAGCGGGAAUUCAUUCACACCAGAAAUAGAGAUUAG